AUGGGAGGUGGGAAAGAUAAGCACAGUGAGGAUCAAGAUAAGGGAUUGUUUGGUCAUCUGGGAGGACAUGGAGCUCCUCCACCUGGUGCCUACUACCCUCCGCCGCCUGGUGCCUACCCUGGUGCUCCUGUUCCUCACGGCUACCCUCCAGCACAGGGCGGCUACCCGCCUCAAGGGUAUCCGCCGCAGCAGGGCUACCCUCCACAAGGGUAUCCUCCUCAGGGCUACCCUCCUGCUGGUUACCCCUCUGGAUCGUCUCACCAAACUGGACAUGGCGGGCUAGGGGCAGUGAUUGCUGGGGGUGCAGCAGCAGCUGCAGCUGCUAUGGGUGUUCACCAUGUUAGCCAGAGUGGCUACGGCUACAGUGGCGGCCAUGGUGGUGGUGUUUACCAUGGCGGCGGGUAUGGGCAUGGACAUGGUGGCAAGUUCAACCACGGGAAGCAAGGCAAGUUCAAGCAUGGCGGCAAGUUCAAGCACGGGAAGCACGGGAAGGGGAAGGGCGGAAUGUUCGGAGGAGGAGGCAAGUUCAAGAAGUGGAAAUGA